AUGGCCCAACCAGGACAAGAUGCGAAAUUCUUUCAAAGGGGAAAAAUAGAGGAAUUUCGCGCAGACCUCCAAGCAGCGGAAACCAAGGACAAAAAGUUCGUCAAGAGAAAGACUGUUUUGAAGAAAAUUGUUGCGAAUAUUACCAUGGGCAAUGACAUGUCCCCUUUAUUUACGGAUGUCGUCCAAUGCCUAGGAACCCCAUUGCUUGAAAUCAAGAAGAUGGUCUACCUUUUCCUCGUAAGCUAUGGGAGGUCAAAACCUGACCAGAUACACAUGGUCAUUCCGAACUUUCUUCAGGACUGUGCGGACAGAAAUCCACUCAUCCGCGCACUUGCUAUCCGAACCAUGUCGUAUAUACCCAUCCCCGUCGUCACCGAUGCUUUAAGCGACAACCUACGACACUGUCUUAAGGAUCGCGACGCAUAUGUACGGAAAACAGCAGCAAUUUGCGUGGCCAAACUAUACAGUGCAGAUCCUCGACGAGCGGAAAAGGGGGGGUUUGUAGAAAUGUUGCGAGAUCUCAUGCUGGAUACCAAUGCUACGGUAGUAGCUAAUGCAGUAGCUGCUCUUUCGGAAAUUGGGGACCGGCAAGACGGCGUCAUCUUCAAAUUAAAUUUGGCUACAGCGAAUAAGCUUCUUGCAGCCCUUGGAGAAAGCUCAGAAUGGGGUCAAAUCUAUAUCUUGGAUUCACUUUUGCGCUAUGUUCCUUCUAGGCAUGCAGAUGCGGAGAAUAUGGCAGAGCGGAUUAUUAUCCAACUUCAGCAUGCCAAUUCAGCAGUAGUUUUGACUACUAUUAAAGUCAUCCUGUACUUGAUGAACUACAUGGAAAAUCGCCGCUUGAUGGAUUAUUGUUGCAAAAAGAUGGGCCCACCUCUAGUAACAUUACUGUCUUCUGGGCCUGAGGUUCAGUAUGUUGCCCUUCGGAACAUUCUCCUCAUCAUCCAGCGGAGACCAGCAGUCUUGAAAAACGAUGUUAGAGUCUUCUUCUGCAAAUACAACGAUCCUAUCUACGUCAAACUGGCGAAACUGGAAAUCAUGUACCGAUUAGCUCGUGCCGAAAACGCCAAUGAAGUAUUAGCGGAAUUACAGGAGUAUGCUUCUGAGGUUGAUAUCGACUUCGUUCGGAAAGCUGUCCGUUCUAUUGGACGCCUGGCCAUCAAGGUUGAGGCUGCAGCAGAUAACUGCAUCAAAACAUUGUUGAAUCUCAUUGAAAAUAAAGUCACAUAUGUGGUUCAAGAGGCUGUUAUUGUGAUAAAGGACGUUUUCAGGCGGUAUCCAGGGAAAUAUGAGGGAAUUAUUCCUACGCUAUGCGAAAACCUCGAUUCAUUAGAUGAACCAGAAUCCAAGGCCGCAAUGAUCUGGAUUAUUGGUCAAUUUGCCAAUAGAAUUGAUAACGCUGAAGAUCUCCUCGACGAUCUAUUAUAUACAUUCCUUGAGGAGAGCGUAGAGGUUCAACUUGCCCUGCUUACAGCUACUGUCAAAGGCUUCAUCUAUAAAUCUACUUCAGAAAAGGCUAAAGAACUUGUUGCUAAAGUGUUGAAAUGGGCAACGGAGGAAGUUGAUAAUCCAGAUUUGCGUGAUAGAGGGUUUAUGUAUUGGCGCAUGCUAGCUAUAAACCCUGCUGUUGCUGGAGAAAUUGUGUUGGCUGAAAAGCCUCCUAUCACCACCGAUUCAGAUCGAAUGGACAGAGGUGCAUUGGAUCAACUCUUGCUCCACACUGGAACAUUGGGUAGCAUUUACCACAAAAAUCCUGAGACAUUUAUCCGAAAUGCUACGGGCAAAGCUCUUACAGACAGUCCGGCGCUUAACGCUCACUCGAGGGCAGUCCUUAUUCCACUAGCUGCCGCUCAAUUACCUCCUUCAAUAGUGCGAGUGCCUGGCCCAGGACCAAUCGAAUCCCAUUCAACGCCAGUCGACCUGCUUGCUACAGAUCAACCUGAAGGUGAGGCUGGGGCCGAAGAAACUCCACAGCCCGCGCAAACAUCUCUGUUAGACGAUGAGGAUGGCGAAGAUCUGGGUUCAGAUCAAGAAGAUGAGGCUGUUGCUACCGCAGGGAAGGAUUCACGAGAUCCGUACUCAAAUCUUGAUGGGGCAUUUGGUAAUUACAUAGCUGAUGAACCGAAGCCGAUGGGUGCAAAUAGUCGAGGAGGGAGACAUGACGACGACGACCUAUUAUUUUAA